AUGGCGGCCGAGGUCGCGGCGCUGCCACUGGAGAACCUCACCGGCGAGCUCGACGAGCUAGGCGAGCCGGAGUUUCGCGGCUACCUCGUCCGCUCACAGGCCGCCCAGGAGAUUGUGCGCAUCUUGGUGGGCCUGGCUGAGAGUGAGGCGCGGCCCGAGGAUCCGGUGAAGCUGCUGCGCGACCUCUUUGAUGCUGAACUCACACUGACGGACGAGGCAAAGGAGGACGUCGGAGAGCUUCUCGCAGAAAAUGCGCGCCUCAAGGAGGACGUGGCCGCCUACUCCAGCCAGUUGGACCUACUCUUGGCUAAAAUCCCCGCGGCGGACCUCGCCAUCACCAACGUGCGAAUAGCUCAGCCGAGGACGGAAGGGGAGGAACCGGCAGCGGGCGAAAGCGAGCGCUUUCUUCGUAUCCAACUGUCUGCGCCGCAACCCGAAGACGAUGCACAGACCGUUCAGACCGAGGCAGUCGGUGCAGGGGAGGAGAUGGCGUUUGAGGAGGCGCUCAAGCUUCGCCUCCCCGCGGGCAGGGAUGCUCCGCCGACCUUGGUGGUUCAGCUUUGUUCGACGGAGCACGAUCAGCCGCUUGCAACCGCGUCAAUCAGCCUGCCCGACGCAGAUUCCGGUGAGGUGUCGGACAUAGUGCUAGUGCCAGUCGAGAGCGGCGCGAGCCUAUCCUACUCCUUUGCUCUCACCCCCGUUGUGGAGCCGGAGGAGCCUACUGACGCGGAGCCUGACGGCGAGUCGGCCGGGUAA